AUGCCUGCAGUCGGGGUCUCUGAAUUUGUCAAAACUCCCUUUGAUGUUCUCAUCAUUGGUGGUGGAACCGCGGGCCUCGUGCUCGCAGCUCGUCUUUCCGAAGAGCCACACAUUCAAGUCGGGGUAAUCGAAGCUGGAUCUCUGCGGUUGGAUGAUCCGAAGGUCAAUUUACCUACUGGAACGGGUCAGAUGAUGGGUGAUCCUAACUAUGACUGGAAUUUCGAGAGUGUCCCACAGACUGGCACUCACGGGAAGACAUACCACAUCCCACGUGGUAAAAUGCUGGGUGGUUCAAGUGGAAUCAACUUCAUGUCUUACAACAGACCAUCUGCUGAAGACAUCGAUGAUUGGGGCAGAAAGAUGAGUCUCAAAGGGUGGACAUGGUCUGAACUGCUGCCGUACUUUAAACGGAAUGAGAAUAUGGAGCCAGUUGAGGACAGUCCAUCUUGUCCAAUCCAAUCACAAGCCCAUGGUGUUGACGGCCCAAUACAUACUUCAAUAGGUACCUGGCAGCCACCUAUCGAAGAAUCAUUACUCGCUGCAUUUGAUGAGGCCGCUUGUCUCCAACGGCCGGCUGAGCCAUACAGUGGCUCCCAUCUAGGAUUCUACAGAUCUCUGUUUACCUUGGACAGAACUGACAGGCCAGUUCGGAGUUAUGCAGCCAGUGGCUAUCUUCAACCGGCCAUCAAACGCCUAAACCUUAUGGUUUUGGAAGAUGCUCAAGUAUGUCGCAUUCUACUCGGUAAUACUGCAGAAGGCGUACCGAACGCAGAAGGGGUCGAGCUACUUUAUGGAGGGAAUCUUUAUGUCGCUUCGGCUAAGAAGGAAGUGAUACUCAGCGCUGGAUCUAUUCAAAGUCCCCAACUUCUAGAGCUUUCGGGAAUUGGGGACCCUAGCCUCCUCAAGCAAGCUGGGAUUCUUUGCAAAGUACCCAUUAGCGAUGUUGGGAAAAAUUUGCAAGAACAUACCAUGACACCAGUGUCAUAUGAGCUUGCAGAAGGAAUUAUGUCAAUGGAUUCUUUGUUCAAGAAUCCUGCUCUGCUAGAAGAGCAUCAAAACAUCUAUGCCAAAAACCACUCUGGGGCUCUUUCCGGGGCAGUUAGCCUCAUGGGCUUCACUGCAUACUCAUCACAAUGCAGCGAGGCUCAGAUGAGCCAUACCCUUGGAAAUAUUAUUCCUAUUGCCAGUGUUGAAGUGUCGCAGCAAAAUGCCAACUUUCAACGCAAGCAGUUUGAGGUUAUCGCCACACGUAUCAAAGAUCCAAUUUCUGCGGCAAUCCAGUUCAUCGGCACUCCGGCAUAUUUCAAUACCGCAGCAGGCCAUGAAAAUUGUGCAAAACUGAUGUCUGGCCCGCCCAGUGGCUACAAUUCAUGCUACUCCAUUGUUGUUAGCAACAUGUAUCCGUUAUCUCGGGGGAGCGUACAUGUGCGGACCUCAAAUCCUGUAGACCCGCCCACAAUUGACCCCGGGUUUCUAUCCCACCCAGUUGAUCUCGAUAUUAUUGCUACGGGGAUUUCAUUUGCGGAUCAAGUGUUUCGGUCGAACAUUGUACAUUCGAAUAUUUCCAGGCGGGUCAGCCCUUCUCCGGAAGUCAACCUCUCCAAUAUUGAAGAAGCUCGGGACUAUGUUCGGAAUCACAUCGUGACAUAUCACCAUGCCUUGGGGACUUGCGCGAUGGGACAAGUAGUAGAUGAGAAGCUACGAGUGAAGGGCGUUCGAAAUCUUCGUGUUGUUGAUGCUAGCGUUAUUCCAAUGCAGGUCAGCGCCGCGAUCAUGGCUACUGUGUAUGCUGUUGCUGAAAGGGCAUCGGAUAUUAUCAAGGACGAUCUGAGGGUGCGGGAAAUCCAUCGUGCUAACUUGUGA